AUGCAUGUUUGGUCCUUUGAAAUAGGUCUUUUGGAGCACUGGAGCAUAUGGGACGUGAGGAGCAAGGAAGGACUUGGUGCAUGGACGCAGCUCAACUGGAUGCGAAGAAGAAGGAAGCAUCUUGAAGACCAGCUCGACCAUCUACUCGACCAACCGGUCGAGUUCUCAACUCGACCGGCUGAUAUACCUCUAUUUUACAUGCUUUUUAUAUGGUUUUACUAUGCUUUUCAUAAGCCGGCCGAACGCACUCGGCCGGACAGGAAGGGAAUUGGCUUCGCUCGGCCUUCUCCAGGACCGAUCCGGCCGCACGACCGCACCGUCCGACCCGGGAGGCAAUGGACCACGAUCGACCGAGAUCAUCACAUCACGGCCGACCCCGACGGCCGACCACAUGCCUUGCACGGUCGACCCGAUGUCCGCGAACAAGAAGCCCACUUAUGCAGUUUUGACAAUUCUCAGCCCAAUUAA